AUGGAAUUGGAGAAAGGAAAGUUAAAGAAGGGGGCAUGGACAGUCGAGGAGGAUAUUCGUCUCCUACGCUCUAUUAAACUUUAUGGUGAUUGCCGCUGGAGCAAUUUGGCUAAGGCAGCAGGGCUACAGAGAUGUGGAAGAAGUUGCAGAUUGAGGUGGGUAAACUACCUUCAUCCUAGUAUUAAGCAUGGCAACAUUACUCCCCAAGAAGAAUGCAUCAUAAUUGACCUUCAUGGCCGUUGGGGUAACAGAUGGUCGCUUAUAGCAAAAAAGAUCCCGGGGAGAACAGACAAUGAGAUAAAGAACUAUAGGAGGUAUCACCUAAAACCAAAGCUUCAAAAUUAUAGUUUUGAAGCACAAGGGAAAGAUAAACAAGCCGUACGGAUGAUGUGGCAAUCUGUGUAUGGAGGUGUCUGGGUGGUCGCCGGAGGUCUCUGCCGGUGGAGUCUGUGUCUCGACCGGCAGGAGGGGGCUGCGGUCGCCGGAGAAGAGGUAGCGGCCGGCAUGGAGGGCGAAGACCGGCAGCAUGGAGCUCGGCGGUGUGCAGGUAAAGCGGCCGGUGGGAGGGAAUCGAGGCGGCCGACACGUACACGCCGCGGUGGCGUGGACAGGUACGCUCCGACAAUAGCAGAAUUCGAAUACUAUAACGAACAAAAAAGCAAGACGGGCCGUGAGCAAUUAAACAGCAGGAAUACUUAUAUGCCCUUCGCCGUGUAA